AUGACAUCACAUACAAAAACCUUUAUACAAUGCUACCAUUGUUUAGGUUUUAAAUGCUUGCAACAUGCCACCCUCUGGCCUGAAAACACUUGCACAGCCCUACAGACAGCUUCCACAUUCCACCCGUCCACCCCUUUGUCUAGAGCAUCCUCACCAAAAAACUACUCGCCUCCUGCUGGGCUGUUGAGCGCCAAGAUUGCUCGACAGGGGACAAGGGAUUUCGAGUGCCUUCGCAGCCAGAACUGUGGAAGCAAAGAGGAUCUAUUGGUUGGAGGCAGAGGUCAUCACUAUCAGGGUCUUUUGACUGCUGGAAAUUCGUUUGACUGGACUUCGACCUUCGCCAAACCUAAUUCUCCAAUCAGGGUACUGGAGAGUCAUGACAACCAGUCAGAAAAGGCUCUUUCUUCCUUAACCAGUAUCAAUUCGAGCCAAUUACUACCUGGACCUAAACAGCUAUUUACUGGUGCAACCACGUUUACAAGCAACAAAUUAGCCUCUCCUCAAAAGGAGCCACAAAUCGGGCCUGGGGUUAUACAAGUCAAAACUAAGUCGACAUUUAAAAAUGAUGAGAACACCGACAGCCAUGCUGGUGUGCAGUCGACGAUGGCUGCUAUGUCUGCAGAAAAUUCCAGAAAGUCGGCUGCCGAAGAUAGCACCAAGGCGUACACACCGCUUAGGUUCACUCAGCAAGAUCCACUUUUGAUUGAGCUCUACCCACCCAACGGGCAGAUGACUAAAGAGCAGCCUUCCAGUUUUGUGUAA